AUGUUCAGAAGUGCUCUACGGCAGUCGAGCCGCUCCGUGACGGCCGUCGCUGCCACCGGCAGACUCUCCGCUGUCCGAGCCGGUACCCCCAACCCUUUGGCCUCCGUCUCCAAGCAGGUCAGAUCCUAUGCCGCUGAGGCGAAGCCAGCUCCUACUGAGGUCUCCUCCAUCCUCGAGCAGAGGAUCCGUGGUGUCCAGGAGGAGGCUGGUCUCGCUGAGACCGGUCGUGUCCUUUCCGUCGGUGAUGGUAUUGCCCGUGUCCACGGUAUGCACAACGUCCAGGCUGAGGAACUCGUUGAGUUCGCUUCUGGUGUCAAGGGAAUGUGCAUGAACUUGGAAGCCGGCCAGGUCGGUGUCGUGCUUUUCGGUUCUGAUCGUCUCGUCAAGGAGGGUGAGACCGUCAAGCGUACCGGAGAGAUUGUUGAUGUCCCAGUCGGCCCCGAGCUUUUGGGCCGUGUUGUUGAUGCCCUCGGUAACCCAAUUGAUGGAAAGGGUCCCAUCAAGGCCACUGAGAAGCGCCGUGCUCAGCUCAAGGCCCCAGGUAUCUUGCCCCGAAAGUCCGUCAACCAGCCUGUCCAGACUGGUAUGAAGUGUGUCGACUCCAUGGUGCCAAUUGGUCGUGGUCAGCGUGAGUUGAUCAUUGGUGACCGUCAGACUGGAAAGACUGCCGUCGCCCUUGACACCAUGCUUAACCAGAAGCGAUGGAACUCUUCUUCCGAUGAGUCUAAGAAGCUCUACUGUGUCUACGUUGCCGUUGGCCAGAAGCGAUCCACCGUUGCUCAGCUCGUCAAGACCCUUGAGGAGAACGAUGCUAUGAAGUACUCUAUCAUCGUUGCUGCCACUGCCUCUGAGGCCGCUCCUCUGCAGUACAUUGCUCCUUUCACCGGCUGUGCCAUGGGUGAAUGGUUCCGUGACAACGGCCGCCACGCCCUCAUCAUCUACGACGAUCUCUCCAAGCAGGCCGUCGCUUACCGUCAGAUGUCCCUCUUGCUUCGUCGUCCCCCAGGUCGUGAGGCUUACCCCGGAGACGUUUUCUACCUCCACUCUCGUCUUCUCGAGCGUGCUGCCAAGUUGAACGACAACCACAAGGGCGGCUCUCUCACUGCCCUUCCUAUCAUUGAGACCCAGGGUGGUGACGUGUCUGCCUAUAUCCCAACCAACGUCAUUUCCAUCACUGACGGUCAGAUCUUCUUGGAAUCCGAACUUUUCUACAAGGGUAUCCGACCUGCCAUUAACGUCGGUCUUUCCGUCUCCCGUGUCGGCUCCGCUGCCCAGCUCAAGGCCAUGAAGCAAGUCGCCGGUUCCCUCAAGCUCUUCUUGGCUCAGUACCGUGAAGUCGCUGCUUUCGCCCAGUUCGGUUCCGACUUGGAUGCCUCCACCAAGCAGACCCUCAACCGUGGUCUCCGUCUUACUGAGCUUCUUAAGCAGAAGCAGUACCAGCCCAUGGCCGUCAACGAGAUGGUUCCUCUCAUCUUCGCUGGUGUCAACGGUCUCCUCGACAACAUCCCUGUCGAGAAGAUCCUCGCCUGGGAGGCUGACUUCCUCGCCCACCUCCGAUCCAACGAGCCAGAGAUUCUUGCCAAGAUCGAGAAGGAGGGCCAGAUCAGCAAGGACUUGGAGGCCCAGAUCAGGGACUGCAUUGUCGCUUUCAACAAGAGCUUCUCUUAA